AUGAUCAAGUCUACGUUGAUAUUCAGAGACGAUGGUCUCCCACUAUGCUCGUCAGUCGAUGACGACACCGAUCCGCUUCUUUCUGAACAGAGGAAAAAAGUCAAAGUCCUGGUAUCGAAACUCACGCCGAAUAGUGCCGACGAGGCAACUUUGGAGAGUGGGAACUUCGAGAUUCACUACGUGCGUGUAAACACGAUUGCCUAUUUUGUCAUUGUAGACAAAGGAUUCUCGCGUAGUCUAGCCUUCUCGUACCUCAAAGAGAUAUCCCAGGAGUUUGAGCAUUCUUACGGGAAUGAGUAUGGCAAGCCUUCGAUUCGUCCCUACGCUUUUGUCACAUUUGACAAUUUUUUGCAGAAAACCAAAAAGCUCUAUAGUGACAAACGGGUUCAGAACAAUCUAGAUCAGCUCAACCAGGAUUUAAGCGGUGUCAAGCAGAUUAUGACCAAGAAUAUUGAGGACCUACUGUACCGUGGGGACUCCUUGGACAAGAUGAGCGAUCUGAGCGCGUCGCUGAAACAGAAUUCCAAGAAGUACCGGAAGUCCGCUCAGAAGAUCAACUUCGACCUGCUCAUCAGCCAGUACGCGCCGAUAGCAGUCGUGGCGUUUAUUUUUGUAUUUCUGAUUUGGUGGGUAUUCUUGAGAUGA